AUGGAGAAGCCACAGACAAGUGGCAACAACGUGGCACGCGCCACGAUUGCUCUCAGCGUGCUCAGCGUUCUGAUUCUCGGUGUCGUGUUAGUGGUGUUGAACGCCCAAUUGGACGAGGCUCAGGAGCGUCUUCAGAACAGAAUGGGAUCUUUUAAGGUAUGUGAUUGACUGCUUGCCAAUGCGUGAAAACGCGAACAAACAAAAAAAAACAACCGCUUUUGUUCCAGUUCGUUGCUCGCAACAUUUGGCAGGACAUUGUUUUGGUGAAGAGCAAUGGAAGAAUCAAGAGGCAGUACGGGGGAUAUGGAAGUGAUGGGGCGCAGGCCGACAAUCAGCAGUGCACUUCUUGCGUUCAAUUGAGAUGCCCACCUGGACCGCCGGGACCACCAGGAGUUAGCGGAGAGUCAGGAUCGGACGGAGCCAGCGGACGACCAGGAAAGCCGGGACUCGACGGACUCGAUGUUCCUUUGGAUCCUGAACCAGCUUUCCCUUGUGUUAUCUGCCCAGCCGGACCACCAGGAACUCGUGGACCACAAGGAGAAACUGGACGUCCAGGGCAGCCAGGAGAGCCAGGACAUCCAGGACUUCCAGGAAGACCAGGAAAGCCAGGGCGUGUCGGAGACGCCGGAGCACAAGGAUCUCCGGGAGAGCAGGGAGAACCAGGAAUCAAGGGACCACCAGGAGACGAUUCCAUCGGAGGAACUGGAAUUAAGGGUCCGCCAGGACCCCCAGGACCUAGAGGACCAAAGGGACCGCCAGGAUCUAACGGACUUCCAUCGCAGAACAGUGGACCAACCGGGCCAAUUGGAGAGAUGGGACCACCAGGACCUCCAGGACCAAGAGGAGAGCCAGGACCGGCAGGACCAUUUGGACCGCCAGGAGAUUCCGGAGAGCCAGGAGGACACUGCCCAUCAUCGUGCGGAGUUCAGGAGAUUGUCGCCCCGUCGGUUUCUGAAUUGGAUACCAACGAUGAGCAAGAAAAGCCGGCCCGUGGUGGAUAUUCCGGAGGUGGAUACGGAAAAAAGUAA